CAUGGAGAGGACUAACGGCUUCAGGCAUAUGCCUGGGCAGUCCCCUCUCGCUGUGCCCGGAUGUGCAGGUCCCAUCGUCACUGCUGUGUCCUCGCUCCUUCAGGCCCAGCCUAUGUGGCCCUGUGACCCGCAGGUAUUGGGAGAUCCAUGCGUAAGAUGCCAAGGCCUCCUGGAAGCCUAGAAAUGGGACUGUUGACAUUCAAGGAUGUGGCCAUAGAAUUCUCUCUGGAGGAGUGGCAAUGUCUGGACACUGCUCAGAAGAAUUUGUAUAUGGAUGUGAUGUUAGAGAACUACAGAAACCUGGUCUUCCUCGGUAUUGCUGUCUCUAAGCCAGAGCUGAUCACCUGUCUGGAGGAAAGGAAAGAGCCUUGGAACGUGAAGAGACCUGAGACAGUAGCAGAACACCCAGCUGUGCAGCCUCAUUUCAAAGAAGAGCUUUGGCCAGAGAAAGGCCCAAAAGAUUUAUUGCAAAAAGCCCUACUGAGAAGACAUAGAAUACAUGGAUGUGGGAAUUUACAAUGCAGGAAAGGAUGUAGAAGUGUGAGUAAGGUGCAGAAAGGGUGUUAUAACAGACUUAACCAAUCUUUGUCAACUACACCUAGUAAAAUAUUUAAGUUUAAUAAAUGUAUAAAAGUCCUUAGUAAAUUGUCAGAUUUAAAUACACAUAAAAUAAGACAUACUGGAGAGAAGCCUUUCAGAUGUAAAGAAUGUGGCAAAUUUUUUCCCAUGUUGUCACUCCUGACUCAACAUCAGAGAAUCCAUCCUAGAGAGAAUUCCUACAAAUGUGAAGAAUGUGGCAAAGCCUUCAAAUUGUCCUCAAACCUCAUUGAACAUGAGAGAAUUCAUACUGGAAAGGAACUCUACAAAUGUGAUGAAUGUGGCAAAGCUUUUGUACAGUCUGCAAGCCUUAUUAUACAUAAGAGAAUUCAUACUGGGGAGAAACCCUACAAAUGUGAUGAGUGUGGCAAAACCUUUAAGAGCAUCUCAUACCUGAAAAAACAUAAGAGACUUCACACUGGGGAGAAACCCUACGAAUGUGAUGAGUGUGGCAAAACCUUUAAGAUCAUCUCAUACCUGAAAAAACAUAAGAGAGUUCACACUGGGGAGAAACCCUAUGAAUGUGAGGAUUGUGGCAAAACCUUUAAAUGGUUAUCACCCUUUACUAGACAUAAGAGAAUUCACACUGGAGAGCAACCUUCCAUUUGUAAAGAAUGUGGCAAAGCCUUUACACAAGCCUCAUGUCUUAAUAGUCAUAAGAAAAUUCAUACUGGAGAGAAACCCUACAAAUGUGAAGAAUGUGGCAAAGCCUUUACGUGGUGCUCAGGCCUUACUAGACAUAAGAAGACUCACACUGGAGAGAAACCCUAUAAUUGUGAAGAAUGUGGCAAAGCCUUUAAAUAUUCCACAAGUCUUAAUCAGCAUAAGAAAAUUCAUACUGGAGAGAAACCCUACAAAUGUGAAGAAUGUAGGAAAGCCUUUAAGUGUCAUUCAUCCCUUACUAAACAUAAGAGAAUUCAUACUGGAGAGAAGCCCUACAAAUGUGAAGAAUGUGGCAAAGCCUAUAGGUGCUCCUCAAACUUUCAAAAACAUAAGUUAAGUCAUACUGGAGAGAAACCCUACAAAUGUGAGAAUUGUGACAAAGCCUUUAGAUGGUUCUCAAACCUUACUAGACAUAAGAUAAUUCAUACUAGAGAGAAACCUCACAUUCCCAAGGAAUGUGGCAAAGCCUUUAAACAGUCCUAACACCUUAAUGGAUGUAAGAAUAUUCACACUGGAGAGAAUCCUUGUAGAUGUGACGAAUGUGGCAAAACCUUUAAGCGGCUCUCACACCUUACUAGACAUAAGAGGACUCAUACUGGAGAGAAACCCUAUAAUUGCGAAGAAUGUGGCAAAGCCUUUAAAUACUCCUCAGACCUUAAUGAACAUAAGAAAAGUCAUACUGUAGACAAACCCUACAAAUGUGAAGAAUGUGGAAAAGCCUUUAAGUGUUGCUCAUCUCUUAUUGAACAUAAGAGAAUUCAUACUGGAGAGAGACCCUACAGACAUAAAGAAUGUGAUAAAAUCUUUAACUGGGCCUCCAGCCUUCGAAAGCAUAUUAUGAUUCAUACUGGCAGGAAAUCUUACAUAUGUGAAGAAUGUGGCAAAGCCUUUCAGUCUUUCUCAAGCCUUUAUAAUCAUAAGGGACUUCAUACUUGAGAGAAACUCUACAAACCUCAAAAAUGUGACAAAUUUUAAUCCAGAACUCAAACUCUUCUAAACAUAAAUCAUAAUGGAGAGGAAUCAUUAUAGAAAUGUGAUAAAUGUUACAUAGCCUCUAAAUGGUUGUUACAUAUUACUGUACAAAGGAGCAUUCAUACUGGAGAGUGCCCCUACCAAUACAAAGAAAGGGAUAUUGCAUUUAGCCAGUACUCACACCUUGUAGUACAUGAAAGCAGUUACACUUGAGAAAUAUUGUACAAAUAUAAAGAAUGUGGCAAAGCCUUCAACAUCUGCUUAAAUCCCACUCAACUUUAAAUAAUUCAUACUUGAUUAAAGCUUUAUACAUGUAACUCGGACAUUUUAGAAAAUACAAGCCUUUAAAGUAAAUGAGAAUAUUGAUUCUGAAGAUAAACGUUAAAACUAUAAAGAGGGUGCAAUCAUUUUACUUUGAUCACAGAUUUUAUUUUACACAUAUUUUAUGCCAGAAGAAAACCCUGAGGAAGCUUCUAAAACUUUGUUAAACAACAGAAAAUUUGCAUUGGAGAGAAACCCUACAAAUGUAAUGAAUGUGGAAAAACAUUUGUUCCAAAACUACAGCUUAGACGAAUGAAAAAUACAGCUCAGACAGAUGAAAUACCCACAUUCCCACAUUCGACAAAAUCAGAGUGUUCUGUAUAGAAAAUAAUCCAAAGCUAAAACUGUUAUAUAAAUUAAUUUUAAAAGGAGAUUAAUUUUGAAAAGAUAUAUCUACAUUCAAAGUAUAUUCUUUUUUCAUUGAAGUUUCGAAUUUUCCAUUGAAUAUUAGAAUUUUUGAAAGGCAUAUAUUGAUCCAAUUCAGCUUUCAGAUACCUUCAUGCUUUCCCUUUAUUCCUGUUAUUCAUAUAAAAACACUGAACCAACAACUGUUGCCACACUGGAGCUAUGAGAGGUUAUCUUGUAUUAGGUGGGCACCAUUCAUGAACUAUGCCAUGGAUGAGGGACUACACUGAAAUCCAAGAUCCAUGAUGAAAAUCUAAGUGGAGAAGUUCUUUUUGGUUGAUGUAAGCCUUGUAAGGGAUGCAUGAGGUAGAUGGUCAGAGUAACAUUUAUCUGCAUUUUAAUGAGAAGGAAACAUUUCACAUUUUUGUAGUAAAUUGUUUUACCAAUUGCAGUUUUAUGUGAUACACUGCAGUUAGUGUGGAGACACUUUUUUUGAGAUUAUUUGUGAACUUAAUUUGUUUUGAAUUAAAAGUUUCUUUAAUGUAUUAUGACUACAAGGCAUGUAAUGAAGUGUUAUCUGGCCACCAACAUUAAACUGUCCUAUCUUACUCAAAGGUGCAAAAGACGAUAACAAUAUAUUAUUUGGUUACACAGAGAAGUGAUAUCUCCAGUAAUCCCAGUUGCCAGUGGUUUUAAAUUACAAAGAACUUGAAGAAUAUUGCUCCCAUAGGUUGUAUUUGUAUUUAAAGGUAAAGUUAUUUUGAAUUUUUGUGAGUAUGUAGUUGAUGUAUAUAUUUAUGAGCAUAUGAAUCAGACUGUUCUGUAUAUUUUGUUAUAGUCAUUUUGAUAUAUUUUGAGGUAUAUUUUGAUAUAGUCAUUCCAUGUGUACUAAUCUCAUCAGAGUAAAGGAGAUAUGUAUCACCUCAAGCAUUUACUCUUUGUGUUACAAACAAUUCAGUUAUACUUGUUAUUUUUUAAAUAUACAACUAAAUUUUUGUUGACUACAGGGUUACUAUGAUCAUAAUGAAAAUAGUUCAAUUAAAAUCUAUGUAUUUUUGAAUCCUGAAUAUU